CAGUUGUUUGAUCCAGGUCGUCAAUGAAUGUGUAACUUUAUGGCUGCACCGGAUAUAUACAACGAGAUUUGGCGAGAUUCGUUCUUUUCCGGUUUGGCCAUACUGCUAGAACCAAGAUGUUGAUGCCGAAGAAGAACCGUGUUAUGAUCUAUGAAUACCUCUUUAAAGAGGGAGUUAUGGUAGCUAAAAAAGACUUUUUUGCACCAAGGCAUCCUAACAUCAAUGUACCUAAUCUUCAUGUAAUUAAAGCUCUCACUAGUUUAAAAUCUCGUGGAUUAGUAAGAGAACAGUUUGCCUGGCGUCAUUAUUACUGGUAUUUGACAAAUGAAGGAAUCCAAUUUUUACGUGAUUUUCUUCAUUUGCCACCUGAAAUUGUUCCAGCUACUUUGAAACGACAACAAAGACCAGAUACUGCUAGGCCACGAGUAUCUACUAAACCUAGUGAUGGAGCUGGACGUGGAGGUGGAGCACAUGCUGAUAGAGGCGAAUAUAGAAAGAUGACAGGACCACCUGGAGCAGAUAAAAAAGCAGAUGUUGGUGCUGGUGCUAAUCCAGAAUUUAAAUUCAGAGGUGGAUUUGGGCGUGGUGCUCCUCCGUCUCAACAGCAGUAAGAAAAUUGUAAAAAGAAAAAAAUGAAAAAAAAAGCAAUAAAAAAAAAUUAAA